GGGUUGUAUCCAAUUUUUUGAAACGCUUGUAAUACGUUCUAUAUUAACCAAAUGUUGCCCUGAAAUUUAUAUUUAACCCCAAAAACGGCUUUAAAUAUGUUAAAUUAACAAAAUAUAUUUUGAUCCAUGCUUUCGCACCCAAAACGCUCUUUGAAAAUAGUAUGACGUCAGUCGUCACAGUUUACGGUUUGACACAUAACUAUGUACAUACUAAAGAAUAAAGUAAGUAUAUAGGUACAUACAAAGAGCAUAAUUAUAAUCACUACGUAUACACACGUAACACGUAACACCAAGGCCCCCCGUUGUCUAUUCUCAGUACAAAAUUUGAUACUCAAGCCGUAGGCAUUUAGGUGGUAGGCAAGCUGUGUAUGCGUGCGUUUUUAACCAACUAAUAAAAUAAGUUUUCUGUAAUAAUUGAGUUAUUAUAUAUCAUAAAGUAUUCAUUAUCCAUUAGCAUUUCUAUGAUGUUCAUUUUUAGUGUAGAUAUCGAAGCUUCAAUUAAUUGCCCACCACCAAAAUGGCUACGGCUUUUGUAUCAAAUUUUGUACUCUAGCCCCGUGUCAAACCGUGAGUUGUGACGUCAUCAGAAUCUUUAAAUUAAAUAUUUACAAAAAUUUGCUCUUUAGAGAUCCACUAAAGGUAGUUUAACAUGUUCUUAUAAUCCAUAAGAAUUUAUUGGGAUACUAUUCUGCCCUAACAUUUGUAGAUGGAAACAAACCUUGCGUCCGCACCUCCAUUUUAUCGGUAAAAUCGUCAUAAUCGGCGAGCCAGUGAAAACUUGUUCCAGUCUGGACUGGCUCUGGAUAUUGUCUUAAUUUGUCUUUGGUAUUUUUGUAUUCACUGUGUUGAAUGAAAUCGUGUUGUGAAACUUGUGAAUUACUUUGUUUUAAUUAUAUUUCUAUGUAGGUAUAUAUUAUUAUUAUAUAAAUUCGUUCUUAAAAUACAAACAAAAAAAUGAAGUUAAACUCUAAUAUAAAAAUAUUUGGGGAAAAUGUCGUAUUAGUGCCAUAUAGGGAGCUUCAUGUAGAAAAAUACCAUUUAUGGAUGAAAUCUGAAGAGCUUCAGAUGCUGACUGCAUCAGAGCCUUUAUCACUGGAGCAAGAGUAUCAAAUGCAAAAAUCGUGGAGAGAAGAUGAAGACAAAUGCACUUUCAUUAUCCUGGACAAGAUCAAGUUCAUCAGGGAUGGUGAUGAAAUAGGUGCAAUGAUUGGAGACACAAAUAUAUUUAUAAAAGACUCGGACUCUUCAACUGGAGAAAUAGAAAUAAUGAUAGCUGAAAAGACAGCCAGGGGUAAAAGGCGAGGACAGGAAGCUGUCAUUCUCAUGUUAUUGUAUGGAAUCAAAGAUAUAAACCUCAAACAUUUUGAAGCCAAAAUAUCACUGAAUAAUUUAAUAAGUAUUUCAAUGUUUCAAAAGUUAGGGUUUGAAGAAAUAUCUAGAAGUGAUGUGUUUCAAGAAGUGACACUGGGAAAAACUGUAAGCGGGGAGUGGACUGAAUGGUUACACAAACAAUAUUUGUAUAAAAUACAACCACAUUAACAUGA